AUGAAUUUGAAUGCAGCUAGAUACUUUGAUAUGUUGGAGUCUGAAGACUCAUCAGACGAUGAAGUUUAUGCGGAGUAUGUAUUGUUGAGACGCCCAAAAAUUUUUAAACCAAGACCUCCACCGUUGGAGACCUGGGAUGAAGUGGAUUUUGUUCAACGCUACCGGCUAUCCAAAGAAACAGUGUUGUGGUUAGUCAGUGAAUUAGGGAGCUACCUGAAAACACCUACUACGAUGAACCAUGCAAUUAGUCCUCUGGAGCAAAUCUUACUUACGUUAAGAUUUUAUGCUACCGGGACUAUGCAACAAUGCUCUGGUGAUUUAUUUGGGAUCUCCAAAUCAGCGGCAUGUAAAGUGAUUCACUUGGUGUCAAGAACUAUUAGCACCAAAUUUAUUCAUUUAAUUGCAAUGCCACAGUCCAGCGAAGAAGUAAAAGAAGUUAUGGCUAAAUUCUACAGCAUUGCAAAAUUCCCGAGUGUAGUUGGGGCAAUAGACUGCACACAUAUACGUAUUAUGAGCCCAGGCGGUGAUAAUGCUGAGCUAUACAGAAAUAGGAAAGACAUAUUUUCUAUAAACACUCAAGUGGUAGCUGAUGCGGACCUUAAGAUAAGGGAUAUUGUAGCAAGGUGGCCAGGUUCUGUGCAUGACAGCACUAUUUUUAACAACAGCAGGGUAAAAGACAUGAUGAGCUCCCAACAGCUAGAUCCUCAAACUCCUGCUGAGAAAUUAUAUAACGAAAGUCAAAUCAGAACAAGAAAUGUUGUCGAGCGAACUUUUGGUGUGUGGAAACGAAGAUUUCCGUGCAUAGGCUCACAAUUAAGAGUAAAGCUUUGUAAUGUUCAGCCAAUAAUUGUGAGCACUGCAAUCCUCCAUAACCUGUGUAUAAUGAAGAAAGAAAAUUUGCCAAGAGGUGAAAAUUCACUAGUACAAUUAAUGGAAGAAGAAAAUCUGGUACUUCCAAUGAUCGCUGAUAAUGAUAGGCAAUAUAGAAAUGAUCUUAUCAUAUCAUAUUUCAGCCCUAUGUUGAACGCUUUGGAAGAUCAUUAA